AUGGCACCCGGCCCAAGUGCAGGCACCAAGCCCCUCCUCUUGGUGUUUGGCCCUCUGCCGCUGUCGAUAGACCUAAGCACCAUAUCUGGCAUCUGUGAACUUGCAAAUACUUCCCAUCAGGGCUGGCUACUGGACAUCACAUUCAACCUUGUCAAAGACUACACCACAGCACGCCCCGUCCUCUCCUCUCUCGGCCAAGACAAGUCUUGUCAUGAGACGGGUGCUACGCAACUGGAUAGCCUCAGCCGGUUCGUCGAUAGGAACGCAACCGCACAAGAGAGGGCAAGAGUGGCGAGAUCGAUAUCCUUUCCGCUCGCCAACAAGCUUCUCAUCCCGCUCGUACUCGUAGCCCAGCUAGCGCAGUAUGGCGAUUUCUUGGUCCGCGCUGGCAUGGACCACGGCCUACAGUCCUCAGGGCCAGAGUCCAGCGACUCGGGACGGGCCGAGGCGGUCGGCUACUGCGUUGGUCUACUGAGUGCCUUUGUCGUCACGAGUUCCAGGAAUGAGGCUCAGUUCAGGAUGUAUGCGGCCGCAGCCAUCCGGCUUGGCAUGCUUAUCGGAAGUGUGGUGGAUAUACACGAGGGGCCAGGAGCACCCAAGUCGGGAGCGCUCAGCAUCUCAUGGCAGCAGUUGGACGCCGAUGGCAGCUUUCCCUCUGCUCUGGAAAGCAUCCUCAAGAGCUUCCCAGAAACCUACAUUUCAAACUGGUUCGACCGAAAUAGCGCCACUAUAACCGGACCUCUGCAUACACUCCCCUCCUUGCGGCACUCGCUCAAAGCGGCAUCGAUACAAUCCACCAUCGUAUCUGGUCUUCACGGCCGGUACCACGACACCCACCACAGCGACUCAACCGCCAAGCUCGACGCCUUCUGCGACGCGCACCCCGAGUUCCAGCUGCCCGACGCAUCGGCCUGUUGCCUGCCGCCACGCCUCAACGAUGGCAAGGGCACGGUUCACCAAGGUCGCCUGCACCAGCAUGCGUUGCGCGCCAUCCUGGUCGACACACUGCGAUGGUUCGAGACGUUUCGGACGGUAGAGCGUGAAUCUCUGCGCGACGGCGAGGUCAUCGUGUUUGGUCUCGAGAGGCCUAUACCGCCGUCCAUGUUUUCCGAGCUUGCGUCGCGCGUAAAGUACAACUACAUGAGCCGUCAUGCUGCGGGCACAGGCCCGACCGAGUACUACUCCCCAGAUACCACACCAUACUCAAAAGACGACAUAGCAAUAAUCGGCAUGUCGGCAAAGGUGGCCGGCGCAGACAGCCUCCAAGACUUUUGGGACCUUCUCUGCGCCGGCAAGUCCCAGCACGUCCCAGUAUCCCGAGACCGCUUCGGCCCCUUCGACAAGACCAUGCUGCGCACGCCAGACCAGUCACGCAGGUGGUUCGCGAACCUACUCUCGGCGCCGGAAGAAUUCGACCACCGCUUCUUCGGAAAGACGCCGCGCGAGAGCGCCGCCAUGGACCCGCAGCAGCGGCUCAUGCUGCAGGUCGCGUAUCAGGCAGUCGAGCAGGCGGGUCACUUGAACAACAACAGCAGAAGCAGCAGCAGCAGCAGCAGCAGCAGUACUAAUAGUGACCGCGUCGGCUGCUUCGUCGGCUGCAGCACGUGCGACUACGAGCAAAACAUAGCCUGCCACGCGCCCACGGCCUUUUCCGCCACUGGCCAGCUGCGCGCCUUUGUGGCCGGCAGGGUGAGCCACUUUUUCGGCUGGACCGGCCCGAGCGUGACCCUCGACACGGCGUGCUCCUCAUCCGCCGUCGCCAUCCACCAGGCGUGCCGCGCAAUCCUGGCCGGCGACUGCGACGCGGCGCUGGCGGGCGGCGCCUUUGUCAUGUGCGGGCCGCAGUGGUUCCAGGACCUGGGGGCCGCGUCGUUCCUGAGCCCCAUGGGCCAGUGCAAGCCGUUUGAUGCCGCCGCCGACGGAUACUGCCGCGGGGACGGCGUCGCGGCCGUUUUUCUAAAGAGGAUGGACAAGGCUCUCGCCGACGGCGAUGAGAUACUCGGCGUGAUUGGCGCCACCGUGGUGCAGCAGAAUCGUAACUCGACGCCCAUCGUCGUGCCUAAUGAGUCGUCCCUGUCGGACCUUUUCAGCACCGCCUUGGACAAGGCCGGUGUCGACGCGAGCCAUGUAUCAGUGAUUGAGGCUCAUGGCACUGGGACGGCUGUUGGUGAUCCGGCCGAGUACGGCGCAAUACGACAAGUCUUUGGCGGCUCGAAACGCCAUACGCCACUUUCCCUCGGCUCCGUCAAGGGAGCCAUUGGCCACACCGAGUGCACGGCAGGUGUCAUCUCGCUCAUCAAGGUCGUUCUCAUGAUGUGCAAGGCCAAAAUUCCUCCACAGGUCUCCUUCAACACCAUCAACCCAUCUCUCAAAGCUAGCCCCGCCGACAUGAUCGACAUCCAAAAGACAGGGUCGGUCAAAGCCUGGGAUGUCCCAAACAAAGUAGCACUGGUAAACAGCUACGGUGCCUCGGGUUCCAACACGUGUAUCCUUGUCAAGCAGCCGCCACGGGUUGGAAAGACAAGACUAGCCAUGAAUGUUGAGGAGAGUGGUGGUGACCGGCAGUACCCAUUCUGGCUUUCGGCCCACGACGAGCAGGCCCUGCGGCGAUGUGCAGGAGCACUCCAUAAAUUCAUCUCCAACCUGAGGGAUAAGUCAGCCGGCGUUGCACCGUCGCCGCUGGCAAAGAUAUCGGCAAGCGCAUCCCGCCAAAGAGACCGGACCCUCCCCCGUUGCCUCUUCACAAAGGCCUCCACGCUGGACGAGCUCGAGCGCAAGCUUCAAGCCUUUGGGGAUCAUGUCCAGCCGCACGCCGACGCUUCCACACCCCUCCCGGUCCAAAAGCCCGUCAUCCUGUGCUUUGGCGGUCAGGUGUCGACCAGCGUCGGUCUCGACCGGGACACGUUUGACCGCACCACCAUCCUGCGCAAGUACCUCGACGAGGUCGACGGCGUCGCCAGGGCCCAGGGCGCCGGCAGCAUCUACCCGGCGAUAUUCCAGACCACGCCGCUCGCGGACCCCGUGCAGCUGCAGGUGGCGCUCCUGGCGCUGCAGUACGCGUGCGCCCGCUGCUGGAUGGACUGCGGCGUGAAGCCGGCCUCGGUCGUCGGCCACAGCUUUGGCGAGUUCGCUGCAGCCUGCGUCGCCGGCGUCCUGAGCCUGCGGGACACGGUCAGGUUGGUCGUCGGCCGCGCCCGUCUCGUGCGCGAUCGCUGGGGCGCCGACAGAGGGCGCAUGCUCGCCGUCGAGGCCGACCUGGCUGACGUGCGGGACGUGGUUGCGGGCUCCGGCAGCCAGGCGGCCGUGGCGUGCUACAAUGGGCCUCGCAGCUUCACGCUCUCUGGCACCACCGCUGCUGUGGAAGCUAUCGCGAGGGACUUGACUUUGAACAACGGCCGUGCUGCUGCUUCGGGAGCCAACAACAAGUCGGUCAAGGCAAAGCUUCUGAACGUGUCGCAUGCCUUUCACAGUCCUCUCGUUGAGCCACACCUUGUUGAGGGUCUGGCACGGUGCGCUCAGACCUUGACCUUCAGCAAACAGACUAUUCAUGUGGAAAAGGCCGUCGAGUUUGAGGCUGGAAAUGAGGCGCUGGAUGCCACAUAUUUCCCUAGCCAGAUGAGGAACCCGGUAUACUUCCAUCAUGCCGUCAAGCGGCUGGCCGACAGGUACCAGAGCACGGGGGCCAUCUUCCUCGAGGCGGGCUCCGCAUCCACCAUCACCAACAUGGCCAGCCGGGCCCUCGUCGACCAGCCGGAUGGGCACUUCAAGUUCCAGCCCAUAGCCAUCACCAGCAGCGGCGGUCCAGCAGCCAAGUCUACAAAGUGCUGGGACGGUCUUGUGGACGCAACGCUGAAUCUCUGGAGAGCCGGCGCCGGGCCAGCUACACAGUUCUGGGCACACCAUCCCCUACAGGCCAGGAGUGACCCAUCGCCGCCCUUGCUGCUCCCGCCGUACCAGUUUGAGCCCUCGCGUCACUGGCUCGAUCGUCUCCCUUUGCCCCAAGACCUGCCAGGGGCUGCGGGAGAAGAUGAGGCUACGCACAACGCUGCUUCACCCAGUGGCUUGGUCUGCUUUGACGGCCUGGUAGACGGCGACAGUGACAAGAUCAGAUUCCGUGUCAACAACAAACACCCCCGCUACAAGAAGCUUCUAGAUGGCCAUUUAAUGGCUCGGACGGCUGCAGUCUGCCCCGUCUUUGUGCAGCUGGACCUUGUUGUUCAGGCUCUGUGCAUGACCAUUUGCACACCUCCCGGCCUUGGAGAUGACCGAGACAGCAGCAGUUUACUCUCUGCAUUGGGAAGACAGCCGCUCAUAUCCGACGUGGUCUGCUCCGCACCCCUCUGCGACAACCCGGAUCAUAUGGUCUGGCUUGAGAUGCCGCCCGCUUCGACACAAUGUAGUCUUCUUGGCUCCAAGAACAGUGGCCAUGAUGGAUAUGUCGACCGAGACCAUGGCGACAGGUCCGAGUUCCUUUUUGAGGUUUACAGCACCGACAGACUCGACUCGGCUUCCAAGAACAAGAUUGUGCACACGACGGGGAAAAUCACCCUCGCCUCCCACGGCGACCCGGUAGUCGGACGAGAAGUGGCGCAGUUUGCACGCCUCGUUGACAUGGGCCAGAUUGAGCGGCUGCUGCACGGCAGCGCCAUGGAUCUGGACAACAGCCUCUCGCACAACAGCGUCUACCACAUGUUUGAGGACGUGGUCGAGUACUGCGCCGAGUACCGUGGCAUCCAAAGACUGACAUCCCGCGACAGACAGACGGCAGCCAUUGUCAACCGCCGACUCGACGACGACCACGCCGGGCAGGCGUCGUGGAUCAAGCCCUGCACGGCGGACACGCUGGCGCAGGUUGCCGGGAUGUGGAUGAACUGCCUGGCCGUGGAUCGGGACCCCGCCUGCAUCUACGUCUUCAGCGGACUGGAGCGGUGGCUGAGAGUCCCGGGCCCGGAGGACCAUCGUCCGCCGUCUGAUAUGCAUGUGCUGGCGACCCAUCACCGCACGUCCGACAAAUCGGCUGUCAGUGACGUGUUUGCUUUCGAUGCUUCAACCGGGAAGCUGCUCGAGGUCAUGCUCGGUGUGAGCUGGGCCAAAGUGCCUCGGUCCAACAUGCAGAGGACAAUUGCACGUUGCGCUGGGGUUAGCCGUACCGAGCCAACACGACCGGUAUCCAAGUCACACUCGGCAGUGACGGUACCUUUUACAAACAUUGUCGACAAUGGACAACUCGAGGCGAGAUACGCCACGCACAUGUCCGCGCCGUCGGUAGUCCACCCCGCCAAAUCUCACUCGGACUCUACGGCGACAAGGAGCGCAAAGAAGCCGGAAGUUGCACCCACGCUUAUCAAUAUCCUAAUCCAACUUUCAGGCCUCGAUGCAUGCGACGUCACCCACGACAGCGAGCUUGCGAAUCUCGGCAUCGACUCGCUCAUGAACAUGGAACUGGCGUCUGAGAUCCGAGGUGCUCUGAAGCUCGAAGUAGACCAGGGUGCCCUGAUGGAGGCGAGGACCGUUGCUGAGCUGAUUUUAUAUGUGCAAAAUCUCGUCGAAUUACAGAGUCCAAGCAGUCGUAAGCCACCGUCAGGUUUGUCGGUUACCGCCGGGCAUUCUUUUCAUCAGAGCACAAAGUCUGAAAAGUCCAUCCUGGCGUCGACGGUUUCGGCAGUCGAUGUAUAUAGUGCCGACACGAGUCCAACCGGGUCAGAACCAGACCUUUCCACGCCGCUCUCGUCCUCGUCAUCAUCUGCCGUGGUGAUGGACUACGUCCGCACCAUGACCCAAGGCUGGGCCACCCCUCUAGAACUAGAAGCCGCAACCAAGCAAUCGACCGGACCCAGAGCCGCGAGGACCCAAGACCGCGUGGUGGUCGUGACGGGCGGCACGGGCGGUCUAGGCGCGCACGUCGUAGCGAGACUCGCCGCGGACCCCAGCGUCGCGCGCGUCAUCUGUCUCAACCGCCGCAGGCCCCACAGCGACGCCGCCGCGCGCCAGCACGAAGCCGUCCUCGCCAAGACGGGCAUGGACCUGAACGACCCCCGCCACGCCUCGGCCAGAUCCAAACUCGUCGUCUGGGAGACGGACCUGUCGCAGCCCGCGCUGGGCCUAGACGACGCGGCCUACCAGGACCUGACGCGCAGCGCCGGCGAGAUUGUGCACAACGGCUGGCUCAUGACGCUGAGCCGGGGCGUGGGCGGCUUCGAGCCGCAGCUGCGCAUCAUGCGGCGCAUGCUGGACCUGGCGCGCGACGCGGCGCUGCGCCAGCCCGCCGCGGCCGUCGUCUUCCAGUUCGUGUCGUCGGUCGCCGUGGUCGGGCGCGCUCCCGCCGGCGCCGUGUCCGAGGAGCGCGUGCGCGGGGUCGACAGCGUGCUGCCGGCCGGGUACGCCGAGGCCAAGUGGGCGUGCGAGCUCAUGGUGGACGCAACGCUGCACGACCCGCGCUGGGGCGCCGCGUUCCGGCCCAUGGCGGUGCGGCUGGGCCAGAUCGCGGCGUCGCGCGCCACGGGGUAUUGGAACGAGGCCGAGCACGUUUCCUUCAUGAUCAAGUCGUCGCUGACCCUCGGGAUGCUGCCGCGGCUGGGCGGUGUGCUGUCCUGGACGCCGGUGGAAGACGUCGCCGGGACGCUGGUGGAUCUGCUCGCCGCACCCCGGCCGUAUCCCGUCUAUCAUGUGGACAACCCGGUCAGGCAGCCCUGGGGGGACAUGAUUGCCCUGCUGAGCCGGGAGCUUGGCCUGGACGGCGAGUGUACUAUUCCGUUUGGCGAGUGGGUGCGGCGGGUGCGUGAGCUUGGGGCGGUGACGGGCAACCCUGCGUAUGUGCUUGUUGACUUUCUCGAGGCCAACUUUGAGCACAUCUCGUGUGGCGGCAUGUUACUCGAGACGAGCCAUUCGCGGGAGCACUCUGAAACAAUGCGUCAGGUCCGACCAUUCCAUGCAGGGUAG